CGCAUCCAGACUAUGCAGGCCGACGGAAGUGUUUUGCGACUUCGACGUGGCACAGUGGAUGGAGGCCUACGAUCUAGGGCAGUGCCCAUGCAGAUCACGCAGGUACAUGGACAUGCGCAGCCAAGCUUUGAUAGAUCUGCUCCAAUGCGAGGGACAGAUACAUGUGAUCACGCUGGAUUCAUCGAUCACGGAUAAUCCUCUGCUCCAGGGCAUCAUCAACGCGGGAUUGAACCACAUCCCCUAUAUGUCCGUGGACAUAGACGAGGCGGAGAACGAGAUGGGCGGUUUUCUCGACAAGCUCAUGACGGAGGUACUGGAGUUACGGGAGCUGACGGCAUCCACCCAGUCUUUUCUACGAAGGGUAAUCCUGAGGAAGGCGCGGAUGAAGAUGGCCAAGUACAAGGAGCAACACAGACAUGUGACCGCCAAACCAUUCGAGCAUCCGAUAGUCAAACGAGAACUAGAGUUCCUCACCGGACGAUUUCUCAUUUGUCUGACGGAUAAGGCCCCGAACACUCCUGCCUUUGUAUGCAAGAAUUUCAUUUGGAAACUCGCCUUUCAGAGGCUGUCUGGACCUGAGUUCGUGAGCAUUGCCGCCUUCCCUGCUUCUGUCAUCGCAAAAAUACAAGGCGAGCUUUCGGCCCUGCCUGUGUUACCGGAGGCCCCUGCUGCACUCCCGUUUCUGAUGACAGUCUUCAAGGCACAUACGGGAGUGUUCCGGUGGAUUACGAAUACAACGAAGACCAUUGUCUCCCCUGCGGCGGAACUCUGCGAGUGUCUGCUUAGAUUCCUCCUCCCCCUGGUGCAAACGUUCUGCAUGGAAAGGAGCUUGGAAAUAGAAGACCGCCAUGGAGUAAAACCGAGCCUGUGGUGGUCAAUAGCCUCGGAAGGGGAGUUUUGCGCGAACCUACCGGAAAGAAUCUACUCUAUCUUCACGACGAACAUCACUAGGUGCUUCAAGACGAUCCCCACUGACAGCUCGAAGGACAGCCUGCCGGCGGCGGUAAGAUUCUAUGUGCAAUGCGCGAUCCGGGUGCAGAGGGAGAGGAGCUCGAGCCACUCCAUUCGGAUUAGGGUGGGGGUGAACGGCAGGUUUUGGCUCUCAUGGGUGGACGCUGAUUAGGCAGAAUAAUUGCCAAUGGGGUCGAUGCUAUUCAAGGAGGAGGACAUUUUCUGGCUCUCUGAGUGGUGCACUGCCAACAGUGUUCUGUGCAUGGGCGACUUUGUGUGGAGGCAGGCUGGGGGCAUACCUAUGGGUCUGGCCUGCUCCCCGAUUUGGUGCAAUGUCUAAUUCUUCAAGUAUGAAUUUCACGCUAUGAUGAGACUAGCGGAUACCGAAAAUGCACACUUAAUUCCAUUCUUCUCGGACACCUUCAGGUACAUCGACGACCUGGGUGCAGUCAACAAUACCAUCAUCGGCAACUUUAUGUGCAAGAAGAGGGAUAGGGAGGAGAAUGAUACAUGCUGGAUCUACCCGGACGAAUACAUCGAGAUAAAGGAGAAUACCGAGG